AUGACUUGGCCUCAAUCUUUAGAGUUUAAAAAGAAUCUGGACGGAAAUCCAGAAAUUUCUGGCUUUGAUGGAAAGUUCCUGCAACUAAUUUUAGACAAUUUCGGUGUUGAUUUUGAGUUAAUGAUCCCACCAGACGAGGAAUUUGGUCGAAAAACAACAAAUGGAAGUUGGACUGGUCUAAUCGGGAUGGUACAAAGAGAGGAAGUAGAUUUAUCUUUUGGUUCUCUUAUCAUGACGAGUGAAAGGAAAGAAGCAGUUUCCUUUAGCAUUCCAUAUACAAUGACUGGAAUGACCUUUGUAUACAAAACGCCUCCUUAUGAAUUCUCAAAUUUCACCUAUGUGUAUCCAUUCGAUAUCUUAACAUGGUGUUUGAGUUUGUGUAGUAUGUUUAUAAUAACCUAUAUCUUUUUUUUAGUUUUGAGACGGAAAUUAUCAUUUGACAGAAUAUUAUUGGAAGUUUAUGGAAGCUUCCUCAAUCAGUCAUUGAACGUAACGGAAAGGCGGAAGAAAUGGAAGUGGCUAUUUGGCUUAUGGCUACUUUUUGUAGUCGUGUUAUCCUUUGCAUAUACAGCUUGUUUAUUGUCAGUUUUGUUUAUACCUAUUAAGAAAGAUGAGAUUAAAACGUUUCGGCAACUUUCAGAGGGAGUACAAAAAGGAACCCACCGUGCCUUGCCACCAAAAGGCAGUUUUAUUAUUGAUUACCUUGCAACUUCAGAAAUUGAUUAUUUGAGAAUAAUUGGGGAAGAAAUCGUUAAAAACAAAGAUUUUAAUGACCCAACACAGCGAGAUAAGCCUUUAGGUUCCGAUAUUGUCCAUCUGACCACUCGAGAAGAAUUAGAAUUUUAUUUUGUUGACCCAAAUUCAAGAGAAAAUUACAUCCUUGGUAUCGAAGAUAUUGCUGUUUCUCCUGUAGGUAUUGCGUUGAGAAAGAACUUUAGCUAUACAGAAAAGUUGAAUAAAAUCAUUUCUGCAACGGGGCGUGCAGGAUUGUUUCAGAAAUUUAUGAGUGAUGAAUAUUUGAAGGUGAAAGAAAGCAUCUCUCGUAGAUUACCUGAAAGAAAAUUGUGGAGACAACUUUCGAUAAACAAUUUAGCUGGAGUUUUUCUAUUUUUGUUAUUAGGACUUUCCUUUUCGAUGCUUACAUUGAUUUUCGAAAUAAUUUAUUACAAUUUCUCAAAAUGA